AAUCGAGCAAACACGCGUAAACAAAUUUUAGAAUAAAAUUCUUAAGCAGCUGUUUGACAUUUGUAAUCGAUAACAUUCAGCACAUACAAAGGCUGCCAGAAAGUUCCGUGUGAAACCGAUCUGGCAACUCCACGUCUACAAUUCAUUUUUGAUUUUUUCCGGCUUAACAAAAUUUGAAAUUAAAAUGAAAAUAAAUUUCUCACGUUUGGUGGGUUUAAAAGAACUGCGUAUUAUAUUGGAUCCAAAGUGUAAAGCUUCAAAGGGUGCCAGGGAAUAUGUACAGAAAUUUUAUUCCCAACUGAAAAAGAAAAAUCCCAACUUGGCAAUUUUGGUCAGAGAAUGCGAAGGCGUCAAGCCAAGAUUAUGGGUACGCUAUGCCGAGGGCAGGGAAAUCUCCAUUUCGCUAACAAAUCAAGAUGUUUCAGAUAUACACAAAAGAUUGCAGGCUGUGGGCGCAGUUCGCAGCUAAAAAUUAAAAUAUUAUAGAUACACAGAAAUUAAAUUGUGGGAUCAGACUUAAACAGAAUAAUCUGUA